GCGCGCAGCGGCCAUGCGCGCCUCCCGUUGCCGAUUGGCGGCCUCCGCAGCCCGCUCUGCGGCUCUUCCAAUGUUGGUGGCUGCGCUUGGGGAUUGGCCGCGCGCUGCAAAGGCCCGCCCUCCGCUCUCCCGGCGCGGCAGGCGGGUCCCGCCGACCGGAGAGCUUGGGGGCCUUGCCGGUGCGGCGGCGGCGAAGUGUUGAAGGUCUCUGCUUUGGUCGGGCAGCAGGCGGCUCGGGCAGGCCGCGGGCGCCGCAGAACUAUGCUGCCAUCUCUCUGGUGACCUCAGCACGCUGCAUCACUGUCCUGUCCACGUGGGCCCAGGAGAGGGGGUCCCUGGGUAGCAGAGUGCCUGGCCAUAUCUCUGAGGCCUCUAGUGCCUCAGAGUUGAGCUGAGGGUCUCAUGCUUGCCCUCUGACUGACCCAACCCUUGCAGGUGGAAGAAGAGAGGUGCCACUUUGGCAUGAAGACAGACUCACUUAGUCGUCAGUCUUUUAAGCUGAGUGCAUUGUGAUUUCCAAUAAUUGAGGCAGUGGUUCUAAAAGCUGUCUACAUUAAUGAAAAGAGCAAUGUGGCCAGCUUGACUAAGCAGCCAGUGUGCACAGCGCGGGCAGGACGGCACCGGGUCUCGACGGACUUGUGCAUGUUAGCUGUAUAGAUUUAUGUAAGGUGUUUUAAAACUGGUCUUUUAAAAUAGUCUUAACUGCUUUUAAUAUGGAAACGUAUGAGAGUCCCUCUCCUCUCCCGCGUGAGCCCGCAGGAGAAGCGAUGAUGGAGAACCGAGCUUGCCCUUUCCAAGAGCUGCCCUGUGAACAGUCUCCACCACCUCCCCUGCAAACGUCCAGUGAUGCAGAGGUAAUGGACGUUGGCUCUGGUGGUGAUGGACAGUCCGAAUCCCCUGCCGAGGACCCAUUCAACUUCUACGGAGCUUCUCUUCUCUCCAAAGGAUCCUUCUCUAAGGGCCGCCUCCUCAUAGACCCGAACUGUAGUGGCCACAGCCCGCGCACUGCCCGGCACGCACCUGCGGUCCGGAAGUUUUCCCCUGACCUUAAGUUGCUUAAGGAUGUAAAGAUUAGUGUGAGCUUUACUGAGAGCUGCAGGAGUAAGGACAGGAAGGUGCUGUACACAGGAGUGGAGCACGACACUCGGGCCGAAUGCAGUCUGCUCCUUAGUCCUGUCAGUGGAGACGUGCAUGCUUGUCCCUUUGGUGGGAGUGUUGGUAAUGGGGUAGGCGUAGGGGGUGACAGUGCGGAUAAGAAGGAUGAGGAGAAUGAGCUGGAUCAGGAAAAGAGAGUGGAGUAUGCAGUGCUCGAUGAGUUAGAAGAUUUUACUGACAAUUUGGAGCUAGAUGAAGAAGGAGCAGGCGGGUUCACCGCUAAAGCAAUCGUUCAAAGAGACAGAGUGGAUGAAGAGGCCUUGAAUUUCUCCUAUGAGGAUGACUUUGACAAUGAUGUGGAUGCUCUCUUGGAAGAAGGCCUUUGUGCUCCCAAGAAGAGGCGAAUGGAGGAAAAAUAUGGUGGAGAUAGUGACCAUCCAUCUGAUGGAGAGACAAGUGUGCAGCCAAUGAUGACAAAGAUUAAGACAGUGCUCAAAAGUCGUGGUCGCCCACCUACAGAGCCGCUGCCGGAUGGAUGGAUCAUGACCUUCCAUAACUCUGGUGUCCCUGUGUACCUGCACAGAGAGUCUCGAGUGGUCACCUGGUCCAGGCCCUACUUCUUAGGAACAGGAAGCAUUCGGAAACACGACCCUCCUCUGAGUAGCAUCCCUUGUCUACAUUAUAAGAAAAUGAAGGACAAUGAGGAACGGGAGCAAAGCAUUGACUUCACUCUCAGUGGGGAAGUAUCCCCCAUCAAGCCCCUGAGCAGAUCUGCAGAGCUGGAGUUCCCCUUGGAAGAGCCUGACUCUGGGGGUGCAGAUUCCGGGCCCCCAGACGAGAAGGACCUUCUGGGGGCUGAGGCUGCCCCUGGGGCCCUGGGGCAGGUGAAAGCCAAAGUUGAGGUGUGCAAAGAUGAGUCAGUUGAUCUAGAGGAAUUUCGGAACUACCUGGAGAAGCGUUUUGACUUUGAGCAGGUAACUGUGAAAAAAUUCAGGACUUGGGCUGAGCGGCGGCAGUUCAACCGAGAGAUGAAACGGAAGCAGGCAGAGUCGGAGAGGCCCAUUCUUCCAGCCAACCAGAAGCUCAUCACUUUAUCUGUGCAAGAUGCACCCACAAAGAAAGAGUUUGUCAUUAAUCCCAAUGGGAAGUCUGAGGUGUGCAUCCUGCACGAAUACAUGCAGCGUGUCCUCAAGGUCCGUCCUGUUUAUAAUUUCUUUGAAUGUGAGAACCCAAGUGAGCCUUUUGGUGCCUCCGUGACCAUUGAUGGUGUGACUUACGGAUCGGGAACUGCAAGCAGCAAAAAACUUGCGAAGAAUAAAGCUGCCCGAGCCACACUGGAAAUACUUAUUCCGGACUUUGUUAAACAGACCUCUGAGGAGAAGCCCAAAGACAGUGAAGAACUGGAGUAUUUUAACCACAUCAGUAUUGAGGAUUCUCGCGUCUACGAGCUGACCAGCAAGGCCGGGCUGUUGUCUCCAUAUCAGAUCCUCCACGAGUGCCUUAAAAGAAACCAUGGAAUGGGUGACACAUCCAUCAAGUUUGAAGUGGUUCCUGGGAAGAACCAGAAGAGUGAAUAUGUCAUGGCUUGUGGCAAGCACACAGUGCGCGGGUGGUGUAAGAAUAAGAGAGUUGGAAAACAGCUAGCCUCUCAGAAAAUCCUUCAGCUGCUGCAUCCACAUGUCAAGAACUGGGGGUCUUUGCUGCGCAUGUAUGGCCGAGAGAGCAGCAAAAUGGUUAAACAGGAGACCUCAGACAAGAGUGUGAUUGAGCUGCAGCAGUAUGCCAAGAAGAACAAGCCUAACCUGCACAUCCUAAGCAAGCUCCAGGAAGAAAUGAAAAGGCUGGCUGAGGAGAGGGAGGAGACUCGGAAGAAGCCCAAAAUGUCGAUUGUGGCAUCUGCCCAGCCCGGCGGUGAGCCCCUGUGCACUGUGGAUGUGUGAGGUAGGCAGCACUGGCUGGGGCACAGGGGCCAUCAGCAGCGCUGCCGAGAAAUCACCAGCCAUACACCACCUGCUCUGCAGCGAGGGGCCUCCAACCCAAGUUCCUUCUCUGUGGCCAGUGUAUCUGGGCCCAGCCUCUGGUACAUGGGGACAGCCAUGGCCACAUAACACACACAUCAAGCAGCAUUUUUUUCCCUGGAAGCUGCUCCCAGGUCUAGAUGGGUGUGUUUCAGGGUCACCUCCAAGUGACCACACAUAUGAAAGCUGAUAGACAGCUGUAGACCCUGCUUGUAUGUACUUGAUAGACUUUUUAAUGAAGGUUUUCAUGAAUUUUGGUAUGUAAUAUGAACUGACAAGAAAUGAUACUUGGUGACAGAUGAGAUAAAAAAAGAUAGCCGAAUCCUGUGGGCAUGGCUAGCUUGUGAUGCCAGGUGGCCUCUAUGCCCAGGAGUCCAUUGGAGCCACUGCAGAGGACCUGGUCAGAAGGUGCACGCAGCACCCCCAUCCCUUGCCAUCUGCCUUCUGUCUUUUCCCCUUUUCUCUGAAAAUGUAACAGAAAGGAAUAUUUCAGACCAUUUUGAUUUAAAAUAAACAUAAUUUUAGUACCAGAACUACUUUUCAGAGAUUGUGGGCAAAUCAUCAAGGUGGCUGUUUUCCAGUUGUGACCUGUGUUGCCAGUGACAAUGACGUCUGGCCAGUGUCCCUGUGUGUCAACCUGGUCUGCAGUCCACUUUUCUGAUCAGAUCUUUGUGCCCUGAUGCCACCUCCUUGGACACUGAGGACUCCAGCAACAAUUUUUCACAAAGAUUUUUGCACAGUUAAGUCCAUCUGUCAAUUUCUAAAGCUUUUAUGGUAUUUUAGAAUUUGGAAAGAAACUUUUACAGUGAGACUAGAAGGUAGAUAUGGAAUCAUGUAUUUUAGCAAGUGGAUUUGUUUAAUGAGAAACAGGGACCUUCAGUGCAGUCCAUCAGUGAUCAAGAGCUGGCUAAGUACAUGAGUGGUAUACAGCAGCAGAGGUGUUACUUCCUGGUGACAGCAGCCUCCCUGGAUUGCAAGGGGAGCUGCCACGUGCAGUCAGGUUCAUCUGUCACCUGUGCUCACUGGGUGGGCCUUGUGGGUGGGUGUGGUAGAAGUGUGUUUUUGCUUAAGCCCUAGGCACAUGGGUGUUUUCAGGGCCCUGGUAGUGGUAGCCAACAGAGCCCAUCCCAACCAUCUGUUCAGGGGCUACAUGCUCACAGCAGAAGCCCAUCAGACACAGAAGCCCAGCCUUGGGCUACACCCUCAUGUUCCAUAGGAUGUCUCCCACCAUAUCCUGCAGAUGGUGUUGAUGGCAUGUGCUGUUAGGAAGACAGAAUGUUGGCAGUGCCCCAGAAUAUAUCUGUCCCCUACCACCUGUAUGACUGGAGGUGGGGUCUGUAUUGAACUUGACUGAAGAAAUCCCCUAAUCAAAUUGCUGUAAUUAGACACUUGCUUGUCUUGCCUCCUGUCUACAGCUGUGAAUAGUCAUUUGUCCAUGACUUAAAACAGCCAGACUCACUGUCAUGAACCAAAGCUUUGUGCACAUGUAUUACCCUAGAGGCCAGUGAACCUCGCUGUGGCCUUGCUGGUCCCAGGUGUAGCCACAACAGGUGCUCCAUGCAUUUGCAGUCUCUGUUGUCCUCUGUCUGCCACAUGUGGGUGCGAGUCCUGUGUGCACACAGCCAUACUGUAGGGCCAGGGAGCCUGUUAUGCUGCUUCUCUGUGCUGGGCUUGUGGCUGUAGGAUAAGCCUCAAUGGUUUGAAUAUAUAAAGUAAACUGUCCAAAAGGGAA